AUGAUCCCUAAGGAGGAGAAGAAGCCAGAGAUGGCUGCCAUGGGGGACCAAGCUGGACCAGCCCCUUUGCUGGACCUGGGCAAGAAGCUGAGCGUGCCCCAGGACUUAAUGAUGGAGGAGCUAUCCCUACGCAACAACCGAGGAUCCCUCCUCUUCCAGAAGAGACAGCGCCGUGUGCAGAAAUUCACCUUUGAGCUUGCUGCCAGCCAGCGGGAGGUUGCCAUGAGCCCGGAGUUGCAGAACUGCCGCUCAGAGCUCCACAUCUUCCCAGCCGGGGACCCUGAGGACGCCCAGCCUGAAGCUUCCCGGGUACAGCGCAGCCCUAGCCCCAGCGCCCUGGCACCAGGCUAUGCCGAGCCACUCAAGAGCAUCCCGCCAGAGAAGUUCAACCACACAGUCAUCCCCAAGGGCUACCACUGCCCAUGGCAGCAGUUUGUCAGCUACCGGGACUUCCAGAGCGAUGGCCGAAGUCACACUCCCAGCCCUGCGCAGUAUCGAAAUUUCAACAAGACCCCCGUGCCCUUUGGAGGACUCCUGGUGGGAGAGACCACGUCCAGGGCAAGCACCCCCUUCCUCCAAGAGCUCACCAGUGGCUUGGAACUCCUCCGCCUCAGACCCAACUUCAACAGAGUGGCCCAGGGCUGGGUCCGCAACCUCCCAGAGUCUGAGGACCUGUAA